AUGCAGCGCAUAAGAGACAUCAGUGAACAGGUCUGGAAGGACUAUAUCAACCACUUUCUACCCACUGACAUGUGUUGUGAUGCAGCAGUCAUUACCAAUUCUCCUCCCUGGUUAUUAGCUUCUUAUCCUCGUGGUAACUUGUUCCAGAUGACCCAGGAGGAAAUUCAGAUCUUGCUGGGAAGAGAGGAUAGAGAGAAGUUAUAUCUUCACGGAAUUACCCUUGCAGGAACCAAAUGCUUAUUGAUCCGGGACAACCUGUACACUGAAGGCAUCAACACCAUGGACUUGCGCACUAAAGGCCAGAGUCGAGGCAGCCAGGCAGUGACUGUGGUUCAGAUUGAAUCUGUAUAUCUUGUGGUUAUGGGAAUAAAGGGAACAGAAGGCGGACCUCUCAAUCUCAAAUCUUUUGAGAUGGCAGGUUACAUCAGGGAAGCCAUUUUUCAACACAUGACCCAUUUCUAA